ACGAGUCUGCACACUUCUUCUUUACGAGAGCGCAUGCAGGAUGGUGAUGUCCCAAAAUGCGCUCCGUACUAAAACGCGUUCCGUACCCACACCCCACCAGCGUGUCUGAUAAGAUGGACCCAGGAGCUGUGAUCUGCUGCUUUAUCCACUCCUAUCUAACUCUCUCUUCUCCACAAUGACUAGUACCUUCCCUAACUCACCCCUUCAAAUGACCUAAACUCCACCCCUAAUACUACACAAUAAGCCCAGUAAUUAACCUCUGCCUGACAGCUUUGUACCGCCCAACAGGACAGCAAUUAUUUCCCUUUCCAGCACAAGCCCUAUUUAUUGAGCUCCAAUGGGUAAAUACUGUCUGUAGCGCUUACAGGACCGGCGUCACAAACACGGCUGGAGUUGCCCUUUCACUCGUGGCCUGAUGAUGGCGCCACACUGCCGCUGCACACAAGCUUUCUGACUCACGUAUAAAAGAAACAUGAAUGAAAUCGCCAGUGGAAAGAGUUUGGAGCCUGGGAAGGGGCUGAAGGUGGGGGUGAGGGAAGAAGAGGCGGAGCAAGGCCAGCAGUUCCUCCCCUCUAGGUCGUACAUGGAUGAAAAGGAAGGGUCGCUGGGUUGUUGAAAGUGCCAGUGCUCGCUCUUCUGUCUUGGUGAUCGCAUUGUGUUUUCCCAGAGAAGCUGACAAAUCUAUUGUCUUUUUCGGACCCGUGCUUUUACUGGUGCUUGACCGACCCCUGCCUCCCAGAGCCCUAAACCAUGUACUCUUCAGCCUUACUAAUGUUCUGCCAGUCCUGUUGUUCUCGUAAGAUGUCUUGCACUGAUCUUGUCAAGUUGAAUAAAUGUCUGUACAGUGAAUAAAGGAUGUGGCUGGGCUGACCAACCUGAAGCCCUCAAGCUGUCGCAGAUCUGGUUUCUUUUCUUCAUACCAUCAAGACUUAAAUAAACUAUAGUUGACCUCUACCUACAAGAAAGUGACUUUGAAGCUUGUUUAAUUAUUUUACUUUUUGUCCUCUCUAUUUUGGAUUAUAUAAAAUCUCCUCUGAAAUGCUGACACGGAAACUAAGACAUUGUAAAGUAAAACAAGUGAACUUUGUGUUCCUUGUGGCACUUGCUGUAGCAACCAUUACAUUUGUAACAAACCACAGCAAAUAUCCAUUUUUUACCAACAUGAACCUGGAACUCACAGACCUUAAUGACAUUUAUUCUGUUAACUGCACCAAGAUUUUAAAAGGAGAUUUAGAGGAAAUCCAGAAUGCCAAAUUGGAGAUGUUAACUGUAAAGUACAAAAGCCAACAGCAUCAGCUCACAGAAGAUGACUAUAUUAACAAGACAAACAACUGUGAAUCCUUCACCAGAGACCGAAAAUAUAUAUUGUACCCACUAAGCAAAGAAGAACGUGAGUUUCCCAUUGCAUACUCAAUAGUGGUCUACCAUAGGAUUGACAUGCUUGAGAGGCUGCUGCGCUCCAUAUACACUCCUCAGAAUUACUACUGCAUUCAUGUCGACAAGAAAUCUUCUCUGUCUUUUCUGAAUGCGGUGAAGGCCAUAACUUCUUGUUUUGAAAAUGUGUUCAUUGCUAGCCAAUUAGAAAGUGUGGUCUAUGCGUCGUGGACUAGGGUGCAGGCUGAUAUAAAUUGCAUGAAAGAUCUUCACAAUAAAAAUGCACAAUGGAAAUACUUAAUAAACCUCUGUGGUAUGGAUUUUCCAAUAAAAACAAAUCAAGAGAUGGUAGUAAUGUUAAAGGGAUUAAAGGGUCAAAACAGCCUGGAAACUGAAAGAAUGCCUCCACAUAAAGAAGUUCGGUGGCGAAAACAUUAUGAAAUUGUUGACAAUUCCAUUAGGAAAACUGAAACUGACAAAACACCUCCUCCUCUUGAGACGCCAAUGUUUUCUGGUAGUGCCUACUAUAUUGUAACGCGAGCAUUUGUUAGUUAUAUUUUGGAAAAUGAAAAGAUCAAACAUUUUUUAGAAUGGUCUAAGGAUACAUACAGUCCUGAUGAAUUCAUAUGGGCCACUCUUCAACGUAUUCCUGGAGUACCGGGUUCUGUACCAGCUAAUAGCAAAUAUGAUGUUUCUGAUAUGAACGCUUAUGCCAGAUUUGUGAAAUGGCAGUACUUAGAAGGAGAUGUUGCCAAAGGAGCACCAUAUCCCCCGUGUGCUGGGGAUCACGUUCGUUCCGUUUGUAUAUUCGGGGCAGGGGACUUGGAAUUUAUGCUGCAAAAGCAUCAUUUGUUUGGUAACAAGUUUGAUAUGGAUGUUGACCCUACUGCCAUAAAGUGCCUAGAGGAACAUUUAAGACACAAAGCACUAAAUCCAGAACUGCAAGUAUAAUCUUUUUGGCUGAUUGUCAUUGUGCUCCCUUGAACUGAGAAGGAACUCGUAAUUUAUAUAUGACACAGAUUUUGCAUCCAGAAUAUCAAAUUUUUCACAUGUUCUAAAACCUUUUCAGGGACUGAUUUACAUAUGUACAUGGAUACUGGAGUGCAGUUCCAAUACUAAGUUACCAACUAAUAAGCACCUGAUUGGCAACUAUACUUGUUCAGCUUAGCAUCUAUGUUUGUAAAUGAGCCAUUUAGUGGGAACUUUUUUAUGUGGGGCAAGAGGGAAUCGUCUGCACAUAUUCUUAAUGUUUGUUUUUUCAUUUAGAAAUACCUAAAAUGUUAGUUAAUUAAAAGGGAGUAGGGUUGAAGCCAUGAAUGUUUUGGAUUAUAUGAGACCAAACAAAGAUUUUGUAAAAAAAAAAAUUCACUUGCGCUGGAAAAUAAAAUUAAAUAUUUAUUUUGCUUAUGUUUCCCAUUUAAGUAUUUUUGUUUUCUUUUUGUGUGUCUUGUAAUUGUAUGUUUUACAAACAGCCAUGGCUUUUUAUAAACUGAACAGAAAAUACUGGUAGCAUCAAAGAACUUGGUCCAUCCUGGACCUUCUAUAGAAUAUAGAAGAAUAUAUAGUAACUCAAGUGAGUUAAAUAAUUUUGUCCUUUUAAAAAAUCUUUAUUUCCCUGUUUCUGAAAAAUUUUGCUGUUAUUUAUUUUCUAGCUCCUUAUUUCCGUGACUUGGUGUCCUGUUCUUCUACAUGUGUUUUAGUUGAAAUGUCUCUUUACAUUUUAGUGAGUUUUCGGCAGAGGUUUUGUAAUGAAAUUCUGUGUUCCAAUAUUCAUAUUAGAUUUUUUUUUUUUGAAUGCUCUGCUUUAAGCUGAAGUGGCAUUAAACUCUCUAUUUGUACCGAAACUGAAGGUGAUGGUGAUUUUUUUUUUUUAAAUUUAUGAAGGUUUUUGCUAUGUUAAAAAAAAUAUUCUUAAGAGCACCCUGUUGCUUUCCUCUGUUAAGGUAUUAUAAAUUUCAUUUAGCUAUUGGAGUAAUAUUAGAAGGUACGUUAGGUCAAAAUUUGGAUGACAGGUGGUUGGUUGGUUGGUUGAUCUCUGAUCAGGCUCAUACCUGGUCAGAGGAGAUCAAAAGUAGCAAGGCAAUGAAUAUAGCAUGUCUCUUAUAAUGCCUUUAUCAACCCCUUAUUUUCUAACCAGAUAUGGAAGGUAAAUGCUGGAAUAGAUAUCACUAAUCACCCCCUUACUUGUUUUUUUUGGUUGCAAAGUUGAAAACUCUUUAGAUAAGGUAUCCAAUACCUAUAGAAAUCUCAUCUAUUUUUUUUUUCUUUUUAAAAUUGCAACAAGGGUAGGUUCCGAUAAUGUAAAAUAUAUACACACUUCUGAAACGUAUUUAUUUUGAUACCAAAUGUAAAGUGUGUUAGAUUAAAUUUUUUUUGCAUCAGA